AUGAAAUCACGUAAGUUGACGCCGCGUUUCAUUGGUCCUUAUCAGAUUUCUGAGAGAGUAGGUGAGGUGGCUUAUAGGAUUGCAUUGCCGCCAUCACUUUCUAAUUUGCAUGAUGUGUUUCAUGUGUCUCAAUUGAGAAGGUACAUUGUGGAUCCAUCGCAUGUUGUUCAAUUAGAUGAUGUUCAAGUAAGGGAUAAUUUGACGAUCGAUACAUCACCUAUGAGAAUUGAGGAUCGAGAGGUGAAGAAGCUUCGUGGUAAGGAAAUUGCUUUGGUGAAAGCAAUUUGGGGUGGAGUGGCCGAUGAUUUGGAAAAUGUUAGGGUUUAUGUUGAAUUUUAUGGGAUUUGUGCUAUUAAUCAUGUUUAA